GUCAUUUGUGUGCAGUUUUUGUGGUGUUUUGAAUGAAUGCAUGUUUUUUUGUGAAAGACUUUUUUGAUUGCAUUUUGAAAACACAUUUCAAAACAAGCGAUGAUUUAAACGACAAAUUGUUUGACAAAAUUUAUUGCUCACGAUUUCAGUCAUUCAUUGAUUUAAUUGUUUUUGUUUUCAUUCAUAAUAAUUGUAUUGAAUUUCUUGGGAUCAAAAUGAGUGAUAAAUUGUCGCAAUUGUACGACGACUACAACCAAUUGGACGCCGCGAAGGACAACAUCACUCAAUUCGAGUCCUCGUAUUUGUCGAUAUUGUCUGCAGUGAAGGGCAGUCCUCAGGAGAAGCAGUUGUGCUCACAAUUCAUACCGAAAUUCUUUGUCCACUUUCCCAACCAUUACGACACAGCCAUUGACGCCCUCCUCGACCUCUGCGAAGACGACGACAUCAAUAUCAGAAGACAUGCCAUCAAAGAGUUGCCGAAUAUAUGUAAAGAACGCAAAGAAUAUGUGACCAAAAUAGCGGACGUUUUGGCACAACUGCUGCAGACGGAGGACAACACAGAGCUAACGAUUGUGAACCAAUCGUUGACCACUUUAGCCAAAUACGACGCGAAGGGCUUCUUCAGCGGUCUCUUCUGUCAGAUUGUUAGCGGCGAAGACGUGGUGCGCGAGAGAGCCAUCAAGUUCUUGAAGGAUCGCUUUAAGUUCAUUCCCAGCGAUAUACUGACCAAAGAAGUGGAGGAAUAUUUCUUGGAUGAGAGUAGAAAAGCGAUGGCCGACGUGACCAAAGACGAGUUCAUUACGUUUAUGACACUAUUGGGUGGUCUGAAGAUAUCUAAAUGCCUGAGCGGUCAGCAGACCCUCAUGGAGAUCGUCAAAGAACAGGCGGAACUCAAUACAACUUUCGAUCCAUCGGAAAUUGAUUUCGCCGACAAACUCCUGCUAUCAAUCAGACACGGAAUCCCAUUCUUCUCCCAAUUUGUUCCGUCAACUGAUUUUGUAAAAUACGUUUGCCUUCAAGUGUUGACUCAAUUGACACAAUUGGAGGCCAAACAGUCGGGCAUUGAAUUGGAUUUUCUACAAGUGUUGGCCGAAAUGUCGGCUUUUCUGUCGCCAAAUACGGACGCCAUUGAGAUCGAGAAGUGUUUGUCGCGAGUGUUUACCAAACUCUUGGAAUACAUGCCAACCCCUCCUCUAUUGGAAACGGCGGCCGAAAGCACCGCAAACGGAGACGAACCCACUCUUCAGUUCUCGCACAUCGAGUGUCUAUUAUAUACUUUUCAACAAUUGUGUCGAUUUUAUCCCCAAUUCCUAUCGGACUCUCAGUCGGAACGCGUCAAGGAUUUCAAACUUCGGCUCCAAUACGUGGCCAGAGGAGUUCAAAGCUAUUUAGCGAAACUACGGAAACACUUGUCGAGUCACUUUCCUCUCCGUGACUUUAGCCUGCUCUUAUUCUACUUUCACUACCGAGAGUUCUGUUCAUAUACUCUGUCGUGGAAACCGCCCGUCUCUAAGGCCGCCAUCACUGCGAAGCCACUCACUGUUGUGACGAGUCCUACGGUUACAACGAGUACUACUACGACAGCGGCGGCGACGACCGCUACCCCCGCCGACGGAGCCACUGAUGCGACGGCCAAACCUUCAAAAAGACAGCCGAUUACAGCGCCCGAGGGGUCGUCUGAUCCGAAAAAGGACCGCAAAAUAUACGCCCCGCCGAGCGGAAAGUUUAGCGGAGGAGUGAAGAGAUUUAAUAAUAACAAUGACAAUAAUAACGGGACGAGAGGUUCAUUCCGGGGCGGAAAUAGAGGCGGUUUUCGUGGCGGACGCGGCGGCCGUGGAUAUAAUCGCGGUUUUAAACGGUGGUAAACGCAGUGAUUAAUGAACUAUAUAUUUUGAAUCCUAUUUUCUAAAUGUAUAAUUCAAACGCCUUUCCACUCAUAACACCGUAUAAUUCAUAUCCGAAUUUAUAAUUAAUUGUAAAAUCAUUUCUCUGUAACCAUAUCUAGGAAUUGAUUUUAAAUGUGAAUUUUGUUUUUUUCAUUCGUGUAUUUAAUAUGCAUUGUAUUUCGUGUGAAUCUGUUUUUUAAUAUCACUUAUUGUUUAAUGAAUUAUUUGUUUUUUUUAUUUAGUGGCG